AUGGAUGUUAUUUACGCACAACUUGAGCGACGCGCGCUGAGCCUUCUGGAGCAAUCACACCAACAAUCCUCAGAUGCCAGGGCCAUUAUUAUUCUGGCUGGCCCUCCAGGAUCCGGAAAGUCAACUAUCGCUUCUCAAGUCGUACAGAGAAUCAAUGCCCGCCAUCGAACUCCGAUCGCAAAAAUUCUUCCAAUGGAUGGAUAUCAUUACUCGCGCUCGCAUCUCGACAGUCUUCCAAACCAUGUCGAAGCCCAUGCACGAAGGGGAGCGCAUUGGACAUUUGACGGCCAAGCGGUUCUUGACAUGAUCAAGCAACUACACGCGUCGCGAGAGAGACCAUUCACUACGUUAUACGUGCCGAGCUUCGAUCAUGAGAUAAAAGACCCCGUUCCUGGUGCCAUUGACAUAAGUCCAAAUGUCAAGAUUGUUUUGGUGGAGGGCAAUUGGCUCUUGUACAAUGAGCACCCUUGGAACCAGAUUGUCAAUUAUGCAGACGAUACUUGGUUCGUUGAUGUUGACCCUCAGUUGGCAUUUCGGAGAGUUGCGAAAAGGCAUGUUGCAUCUGGCAUUGAGAAGACACUAGAGGCGGCGAUGGACAGAGCAAGGAACAAUGACAUGAAGAAUGGAGAGGAUAUACGGCGUUGUCUGAUUCAGCCGAUCAUCGAGGUCGAAAGUGUUGAAGACGCGUGA